CCGUUGAAUCAAUAAAACAUAAACAAAUUAAACGCCGCAAGUGUGUCUAGUUUCCAUCAGUAUAAAUUAAAUAAACUUGUUAAACAGUGAUAAGUAAUUAUAAAGUGUUCUUAUCUUCUUUUCUUUUCAUUAUAAUUCCCACUUGGAAUCAUUUUCGAAACUGAACAAUACUCACCUCUGACAGGAUAUGUUGUCGAAACUAUUCGAAGAAUCCUCCGGCUCUAGGAAAGCCAUUUUUAUCGCAGUAGGAAUAGGUGCCACCACCCUGCUCGGAUAUGCUGCCUACCGCUGCGUGAAGAAACAUUUGGACAGUCUACCUCCGAAGCAAUGGCGUAGAGUUGGUGAGGUCACUGAUCUCAACAUCUACCCGAUAAAGUCAUGUGGUUCGAUUCGUGUGAAACAGAUCGACUGUUCACUUAUUGGGCCACGGAUACAGUUGCUUCGAGAUCGCAUUUUUAUGGUAAUCCAAAGCGAUGGAUCAUUCAUCACCGGUAGAACUUAUCCAACUCUGGUGUUGGUACAACCACGCUUCGACGAAAAGUAUGAAACGAUGACGCUUUCAGCACCAGGCAUGCUUGACAUAAGCAUCGACGUACAGCGUUUGUUUGCAUUAGAACCGGUCAAGGCUUCCGUCUGGGGACAGACAGUUCCAGCUGUGGAUUGUGGAGAAGAGGUCGCUCGAUGGCUUUCUCGUUUUCUAUUGAGUGAAGAUUUUGGAUUACGUUUAGUGUUCUAUCCGUACGAGUACUCUAGCCGAGAGGUGCGAGAAAAGAAUAAAAUCUUCGUCAACCUAACCAAAACGGAUUCAGGUGCUCUGCAUGACUCCACUAGCUUCAUGCUUCUGACCGAAGCCUCUAUCGCGGAUGUGAAUUCCAGACUAGAGAAACCGGUAACGGCUGUGCAGUACCGACCAAACAUUGUUGUAAAAGGCCCAGCCGCAUACGAGGAGGAUAACUGGAAGUGGAUUAAGAUUGGUGAAACUAUCUACCGGAAUAUCAAACCAUGCACAAGGUGCAUUUUCAUCAACGUGGAUCCGGAAACCGGUAUACCCAGUACAAACUCAGAACCACUGAAAACACUCAAAAAAUAUCGCCGAAGGUCGUAUCUUGGUGAUAAUCCUGUUCUUGGCAUGCAAAUGGGCGUAAAAAAGCAAGGAAUUGUACGCGUUGGAGAGCCCGUUUUUGUUGGAUGCUAGUGUUUUUUUUCACUGUGAAGUUUUCUAGGUCAGCUUUCCACACUGUAAAUAACUAAAAACUCUGGUUAAGUGAUUUUUCGAAUUGUUCAAUUCGACGGCAAAAGCAAUUACAAAAAUUGUGAUUAUUUUCGAAAAAUGUAGCAAUCAUAAUCAUUAAAUGAAUUUGUAAUAUUUAAAAAUCCAUUA